CCCUCCCAUUCUGCUGAUGGACAGAGCCACAUCAGUGACAGCUCUCUGUGUGCAAGUCUGGACUCUGGUACGUGUGUGUGUAGUGAUGCUUUAUGGCAUUGUUCUGUGCAGAAGCAAGCUGUGUGUGUGUUCAGUGAACGUUAUGGCCUCAACUCACCAAAGGGAUGCGUGGGAUUUAUUUUACAAUGCAUUGUUGUGAAUGAUAAUGACCCAACCGAAAGCCGGGGCAGGUGGGUAGUAAAAGCUCUGCUCAGUUAGAACGUGUCUCUAUUAUUGCGUUUUAUCCCUGGCGCUGUAGUCACACAAAAUAAUACAAAUGUUGUCCUUAUUCACUUUUAUUUAGCUAAUCUGAAUUGGAAAAGAUAGCUAAGAGUUGAGGCUUUACCAGACAUCAGGGGUCUCCAACAGGUAGCUAUGGGUUGAGGCUUUACCAGACAUCAGGGGUCUCCAACAGGUAGCUAAGGGUUGAGGCUUUACCAGACAUCAGGGGUCUCCAACAGGUAGCUAAGGGUUGAGGCUUUACCAGACAUCAGGGGUCUCCAACAGGUAGCUAAGGGUUGAGGCUUUACCAGACAUCAGGGUCUCCAACAGGUAGCUAAGGGUUGAGGCUUUACCAGACAUCAGGGGUCUCCAACAGGUAGCUAAGGGUUGAGGCUUUACCAGACAUCAGGGGUCUCCAACAUGGUAGCUAGGCUUGAGGCUUUACCAGACAUCAGGGUCUCCAACAGGUAGCUAAGGGUUGAGGCUUUACCAGACAUCAAGGGGUCUCUGACGGGUAGCUAAGGUUGAGGCGUUUACCAGACAUCAGGGUCCCAAAAGGGAGCUAAGGUUUUAGGCCCUUUCCACACAGGGGUCUCCAACAGGUAGCUAAGGGUUUUAGGCUUUACCAGACAUCGGGGGCUCCAAAAAGGUAGCUAAGGGUUUAGGUUUACCAACAUCAGGGGUCUCCAACAGGGAGCUAAGGGUAGGCUUUUUCCAACAUAGGGGUCUCCAAAGGUACUAAGGGUGGGUUUACCAGACUCAGGGGGCUCCAACAGGUGUAAGGGUUAGGCUUUUUCCCCACAUAGGGGUUCCAACAUGCUAAGGGGUUGAGGCUUUACCGAACAGGGGUCUCCAAAAGGUAGCAAGGGUUGAGCUUACCCGACAUCAGGGUCUCCAACAGGGAGAAAAGGGUUUAGGCCCUUUUCCAGACAUCAGGGGGCUCCAACAGGGAGCUAAGGUUGAGGCUUUUCCAACACAGGGGUCUCCAAAAGGGGGCUAAGGGUUGAGGCUUUACCAGAAUCAGGGGGCUCCAACAGGUAUAAGGGUUUAGCUUUACCAGACCAGGGGGCCAAAGGUGCAAGGUUGAGGCUUACCAGACUCGGGUCUCAAAAGGUAGCUAGGGUUGAGGGUUUAACCAGAAUCAGGGGUCUCCAACAGGGAGCAAGGUUGAGCUUUACCAAUAGGGGGCUCCCCCAGGGAGUAAGGGUUGGGCUUUUACCAGACAUCGGGGUCCCAACAGGUGCUAAGGGUUAGGGGUUUACCAACACAGGGGGCUCCAAAAGGUUAGUAAGGGGUUACUUUUCCCGACUCAGGGGUCUCCAAAGGGCUAAGGGGGGGCUUUAACCAGACAUCGGGGUUUUCCCAAAGGUGUAAGGGGGUUUAGGCUUUUCCCGACAUCAGGGGUCUCCAACAGGUAGCUAAGGGUUGAGGCUUUACCAGACAUCAGGGGUCUCCAACAGGUAGCUAAGGGUUGAGGCUUUACCAGACAUCAGGGGUCUCCAACAGGUAGCUAAGGGUUGAGGCUUUACCAGACAUCCCGGGGUCUCCAACAGGUAGCUAAGGGUUGAGGCUUUACCAGACAUCAGGGGUCUCCAACAGGUAGCUAAGGGUUGAGGCUUUACCAGACAUCAGGGGUCUCCAACAGGUAGCUAAGGGUUGAGGCUUUACCAGACAUCAGGGGUCUCCAACAGGUAGCUAAGGGUUGAGGCUUUACCAGACAUCAGGGGUCUCCAACAGGUAGCUAAGGGUUGAGGCUUUACCAGACAUCAGGGGUCUCCAACAGGUAGCUAAGGGUUGAGGCUUUACCAGACAUCAGGGUCUCCAACAGGUAGCUAAGGGUUGAGGCUUUACCAGACAUCAGGGGUCUCCAACAGGUAGCUAAGGGUUGAGGCUUUACCAGACAUCAGGGGUCUCCAACAGGUAGCUAAGGGUUGAGGCUUUACCAGACAUCAGGGGUCUCCAACGGGUCCAUCACCAUCUAACAGUAGCUACCAGCCCACCUAUCAGGAGCUCACCAAACUGUUCUGACAGUACAUGCAAUGUUCACGUGUUCCACCACAACAUCUCACAAGUAUCAGACACUGCAAGCUCCCAGCUACUGAAAAUUAGCUGGGGGCACAAAAUUGCAUUUCUUUAAUCUUCCCAAAGUUGCUAGAAACACUACUUUGCUACUGAUGGUGUUAGCUAUGUAGAUACUAAAGAUAACUGACGGGGAUUCAUUCAUUUAAAGUGCCAGAGACCUAUAACAUUUUGCUAGCUACUGAGUACACCCCAACCAAGCUAGAAUCACGAUGAUGUUCUCGCUGUCUAUUGGUUUCACCGCUCUGCCGCUCUGCUAACUCCGCCCACCUGCUUCUGGUUUCACGCUUUAGUCUCUAACCAUCCUCCUGUAGCCCAGCCCUGUCCUUUCUAACCAUCCUCCUGUACCCCAGCCCUGUCCUCUCUAACCAUCCUCCUGUACCCCAGCCCUGUCCUCUCUAACCAUCCUCCUGUACCCCAGCCCUGUCCUCUCUAACCAUCCUCCUGUACCCCAGCCCUGUCCUCUCUAACCAUCCUCCUGUACCCCAGCCCUGUCCUCUCUAACCAUCCUCCUGUACCCCAGCCCUGUCCUCUCUAACCAACCUCCUGUUCUCCAACCCUGUCCUCUCUAACCAUCCUCCUGUUCUCCAACCCUGUCCUCUCUAACCAUCCUCCUGUACCCCAGCCCUGUCCUCUCUAACCAUCCUCCUGUUCUCCAACCCUGUCCUUUCUAACCAUCCUCCUGUACCCCAACCCUGUCCUCUCUAACCAUCCUCCUGUUCUCCAACCCUGUCCUCUCUAACCAUCCUCCUGUACCCCAGCCCUGUCCUCUCUAACCAUCCUCCUGUACCCCAGCCCUGUCCUCUCUAACCAUCCUCCUGUACCCCAGCCCUGUCCUCUCUAACCAUCCUCCUGUUCUCCAACCCUUUCCUCUCUAACCAUCCUCCUGUACCCCAGCCCUGUCCUCUCUAACCAUCCUCCUGUUCUCCAACCCUGUCCUCUCUAACCAUCCUCCUGUACCCCAGCCCUGUCCUCUCUAACCAUCCUCCUGUUCUCCAACCCUGUCCUCUCUAACCAUCCUCCUGUUCUCCAACCCUGUCCUCUCUAACCAUCCUCCUGUACCCCAGCCCUGUCCUCUCUAACCAUCCUCCUGUUCUCCAACCCUGUCCUCUCUAACCAACCUCCUGUUCUCCAACCCUGUCCUCUCUAACCAUCCUCCUGUACCCCAGCCCUGUCCACUCUAACCAUCCUCCUGUUCUCCAACCCUGUCCUCUCUAACCAUCCUCCUGUACCCCAGCCCUGUCCUCUCUAACCAUCCUCCUGUUCUCCAACCCUGUCCUCUCUAACCAUCCUCCUGUUCUCCAACCCUGUCCUCUCUAACCAUCCUCCUGUACCCCAGCCCUGUCCUCUCUAACCAUCCUCCUGUUCUCCAACCCUGUCCUUUCUAACCAUCCUCCUGUACCCCAACCCUGUCCUCUCUAACCAUCCUCCUGUUCUCCAACCCUGUCCUCUCUAACCAUCCUCCUGUACCCCAGCCCUGUCCUCUCUAACCAUCCUCCUGUACCCCAGCCCUGUCCUCUCUAACCAUCCUCCUGUACCCCAGCCCUGUCCUCUCUAACCAUCCUCCUGUUCUCCAACCCUUUCCUCUCUAACCAUCCUCCUGUACCCCAGCCCUGUCCUCUCUAACCAUCCUCCUGUUCUCCAACCCUGUCCUCUCUAACCAUCCUCCUGUACCCCAGCCCUGUCCUCUCUAACCAUCCUCCUGUUCUCCAACCCUGUCCUCUCUAACCAUCCUCCUGUUCUCCAACCCUGUCCUCUCUAACCAUCCUCCUGUACCCCAGCCCUGUCCUCUCUAACCAUCCUCCUGUUCUCCAACCCUGUCCUCUCUAACCAACCUCCUGUUCUCCAACCCUGUCCUCUCUAACCAUCCUCCUGUACCCCAGCCCUGUCCACUCUAACCAUCCUCCUGUUCUCCAACCCUGUCCUCUCUAACCAUCCUCCUGUACCCCAUCCCUGUCCUCUCUAACCAUCCUCCUGUUCUCCAACCCUGUCCUCUCUAACCAUCCUCCUGUUCUCCAACCCUGUCCUCUCUAACCAUCCUCCUGUACCCCAGCCCUGUCCUCUCUAACCAUCCUCCUGUUCUCCAACCCUGUCCUCUCUAACCAACCUCCUGUUCUCCAACCCUGUCCUUUCUAACCAUCCUCCUGUACCCCAGCCCUGUCCUCUCUAACCAUCCUCCUGUUCUCCAACCCUGUCCUCUCUAACCAUCCUCCUGUACCCCAGCCCUGUCCUCUCUAACCAUCCUCCUGUUCUCCAGCCCUGUCCUCUCUAACCAUCCUCCUGUACCCCAGCCCUGUCCUCUCUAACCAUCCUCCUGUACCCCAGCCCCGUCCUCUCUAACCAUCCUCCUGUACCCCAGCCCUGUCCUCUCUAACCAACCUCCUGUUCUCCAACCCUGUCCUCUCUAACCAUCCUCCUGUUCUCCAACCCUGUCCUCUCUAACCAUCCUGUACCCCAGCCCUGUCCUCUCUAACCAUCCUCCUGUUCUCCAACCCUGUCCUCUCUAACCAUUCUCCUGUACCCCAGCCCUGUCCUCUCUAACCAACCUCCUGUAGCCCAGCCCUGUCCUCUCUAACCAUCCUCCUGUUCUCCAACCCUGUCCUCUCUAACCAUCCUCCUGUACCCCAGCCCUGUCCUCUCUAACCAUCCUCCUGUACCCCAGCCCUGUCCUCUCUAACCAACCUCCUGUUCUCCAACCCUGUCCUCUCUAACCAACCUCCUGUUCUCCAACCCUGUCCUCUCUAACCAUACUCCUGUACCCCAGCCCUGUCCUCUCUAACCAUCCUCCUGUUCUCCAACCCUGUCUUCUCUAACCAUCCUCCUGUUCUCCAACCCUGUCCUCUCUAACCAUCCUCCUGUACCCCAGCCCUGUCCUCUCUAACCAUCCUCCUGUUCUCCAACCCUGUCCUCUCUAACCAUCCUCCUGUUCUCCAACCCUGUCCUCUCUAACCAACCUCCUGUAGCCCAGCCCUGUCCUCUCUAACCAUCCUCCUGUUCUCCAACCCUGUCCUUUCUAACCAUCCUCCUGUACCCCAGCCCUGUCCUCUCUAACCAUCCUCCUGUACCCCAGCCCUGUCCUCUCUAACCAACCUCCUGUUCUCCAACCCUGUCCUCUCUAACCAUCCUCCUGUUCUCCAACCCUGUCCUCUCUAACCAUCCUCCUGUUCUCCAACCCUGUGUCUCUAACCAUCCUCCUGUUCUCCAACCCUGUCCUCUCUAACCAUCCUCCUGUUCUCCAACCCUGUCCUCUCUAACCAUCCUCCUGUUCUCCAACCCUGUCCUCUCUAACCAUCCUCCUGUAGCCCAGCCCUGUCCUCUCUAACCAUCCUCCUGUUCUCCAACCCUGUCCUCUCUAACCAUCCUCCUGUUCUCCAACCCUGUCCUCUUUAACCAUCCUCCUGUUCUCCAACCCUGUCCUUUCUAACCAUCCUCCUGUUUUCCAACCCUUUGUCUCUAACCAUCCUCCUGUACCCCAGCCCUGUCCUUUCUAACCAUCCUCCUGUUCUCCAACCCUGUCCUCUCUAACCAUCCUCCUGUUCUCCAACCCUGUCCUCUCUAACCAUCCUCCUGUUCUCCAACCCUGUGUCUCUAACCAUCCUCCUGUACCCCAGCCCUGUCCUCUCUAACCAUCCUCCUGUUCUCAACCCUGUCCUCUCUAACCAUCCUCCUGUUCUCCAACCCUGUCCUCUCUAACAUCCUCCUGUUCUCCAACCCUGUCCUCUCUAACCAUCCUCCUGUUCUCCAACCCUGUCCUCUCAAACCAUCCUCCUGUUUUCCAACCCUGUGUCUCUAACCAUCCUCCUGUUCUCCAACCCUGUGUCUCUAACCAUCCUCCUGUUCUCCAACCCUGUCCUCUCUAACCAUCCUCCUGUUCUCCAACCCUGUGUCUCUAACCAUCCUCCUGUUCUCCAACCCUGUGUCUCUAACCAUCCUCCUGUUCUCCAACCCUGUCCUCUCUAACCAUCCUCCUGUUCUCCAACCCUGUCCUCUCUAACCAUCCUCCUGUUCUCCAACCCUGUCCUCUCUAACCCUCCUCCUGUUCCUCAGCCCUGUGUCUCUAACCAUCCUCCUGUUCUCCAACCCUGUCCUCUCUAACCAUCCUCCUGUUCUCCAACCCUGUCCUCUCUAACCCUCCUCCUGUUCUCCAACCCUGUCCUCUCUAACCAUCCUCCUGUUCUCUAACCCUGUCCUCUCUAACCCUCCUCCUGUUCCUCAGCCCUGUGUCUCUAACCAUCCUCCUGUUCUCCAACCCUGUCCUCUCUAACCAUCCUCCUGUUUUCCAACCCUGUCCUCUCUAACCCUCCUCCUGUUCCUCAGCCCUGUGUGAUCUCAGUGGGCAGUUCAGUACAGCCAGCACCGAUGACGAGCUCUUCCUCCUGGCCUGUGACCAGCCCCAGCCUGGCCUCUCCUCCUCCAUGCAGCUUCUGCCCCCUCUACAGACCACAGCACCCUCUGGUGGUCCCUGGGGUUUUGGAGGUGUGCAGCCCAGCAGCCUCACACAUCUCUCUCUCCCUAGGAGCCUCACUGGUAAACAGGCUGACGACUGGAGUAGGUUGGCUCUUACCUGUCCUGUCCUGACUGGUUGGCUCUUACCUGUCCUGUCCUGUCCUGUCCUGUCCUGUCCUGUGGUGGUGGUGGAGUAGGUUGGCUCUUACCUGUCCUGUCCUGUCCUGUGGUGGUGGUGGAGUAGGUUGGCUCUUACCUGUCCUGUCCUGUCCUGUGGUGGUGGUGGAGUAGGUUGGCUCUUACCUGUCCUGUCCUGUCCUGUGGUGGUGGUGGAGUAGGUUGGCUCUUACCUGUCCUGUCCUGUCCUGUGGUGGUGGUGGAGUAGGUUGGCUCUUACCUGUCCUGUCCUGUCCUGUGGUGGUGGUGGAGUAGGUUGGCUCUUACCUGUCCUGUCCUGACUGGUUGGCUCUUACCUGUCCUGUCCUGUCCUGUCCUGUCCUGUGGUGGUGGUGGAGUAGGUUGGCUCUUACCUGUCCUGUCCUGUCCUGUCCUGUCCUGUCCUGUCCUGUGGUGGUGGUGGAGUAGGUUGGCUCUUACCUGUCCUGUCCUGUCCUGGCCUGACUGUGGUGGUGGUGGUGGAGUAGGUUGGCUCUUACCUGUCCUGUCCUGUCCUGUGGUGGUGGUGGAGUAGGUUGGCUCUUACCUGUCCUGUCCUGUCCUGUGGUGGUGGUGGAGUAGGUUGGCUCUUACCUGUCCUGUCCUGACUGGUUGGCUCUUACCUGUCCUGUCCUGUCCUGUCCUGUCCUGUGGUGGUGGUGGAGUAGGUUGGCUCUUACCUGUCCUGUCCUGUCCUGUCCUGUCCUGUCCUGUGGUGGUGGUGGAGUAGGUUGGCUCUUACCUGUCCUGUCCUGUGGUGGUGGUGGAGUAGGUUGGCUCUUACCUGUCCUGUCCUGUCCUGUCCUGUCUGUGGUGGUGGUGGAGUAGGUUGGCUCUUACCUGUCCUGUCCUGUCCUGUGGUGGUGGUGGAGUAGGUUGGCUCUUACCUGUCCUGUCCUGUCCUGUGGUGGUGGUGGAGUAGGUUGGCUCUUACCUGUCCUGUCCUGUCCUGUCCUGUCCUGUCCUGUGGUGGUGGUGGAGUAGGUUGGCUCUUACCUGUCCUGUCCUGUCCUGUGGUGGUGGAGUAGGUUGGCUCUUACCUGUCCUGUCCUGUCCUGUGGUGGUGGUGGAGUAGGUUGGCUCUUACCUGUCCUGUCCUGUCCUGUGGUGGUGGUGGAGUAGGUUGGCUCUUACCUGUCCUGUCCUGUCCUGUGGUGGUGGUGGAGUAGGUUGGCUCUUACCUGUCCUGUCCUGUGGUGGUGGUGGAGUAGGUUGGCUCUUACCUGUCCUGUCCUGUCCUGUGGUGGUGGUGGAGUAGGUUGGCUCUUACCUGUCCUGUCCUGUCCUGUGGUGGUGGUGGAGUAGGUUGGCUCUUACCUGUCCUGUCCUGUCCUGUGGUGGUGGUGGAGUAGGUUGGCUCUUACCUGUCCUGUCCUGUCGUGGUGGUGGAGUAGGUUGGCUCUUACCUGUCCUGUCCUGUCCUGUGGUGGUGGUGGAGUAGGUUGGCUCUUACCUGUCCUGUCCUGUCCUGUGGUGGUGGUGGAGUAGGUUGGCUCUUACCUGUCCUGUCCUGUCCUGUCCUGUGGUGGUGGUGGAGUAGGUUGGCUCUUACCUGUCCUGUCCUGUCCUGUGGUGGUGGUGGAGUAGGUUGGCUCUUACCUGUCCUGUCCUGUCCUGUGGUGGUGGUGGAGUAGGUUGGCUCUUACCUGUCCUGUCCUGACUGUGGUGGUGGUGGAGUAGGUUGGCUCUUACCUGUCCUGUCCUGUCCUCUACUGAUGGAGAGUUAUUUUUACUGACACUGAUGUUUUGGACUUUUUCAGUCAAAACAACAAAUCAUACUGGUCUGGGCCAGUCAGCUGACUGUUCUUCAUACAGCCUCCAGUUGACUGUUCUUCAUACAGCCUCCAGUUGACUGUUCUUCAUACAGCCUCCAGUUGACUGUUCUUCAUACAGCCUCCAGUUGACUGUUCUUCAUACAGCCUCCAGUUGACUGUUCUUCAUACAGCCUCCAGUUGACUGUUCUUCAUACAGCCUCCAGUUGACUGUUCUUCAUACAGCCUCCAGUUGACUGUUCUUCAUACAGCCUCCAGUUGACUGUUCUUCAUACAGCCUCCAGUUGACUGUUCUUCAUACAGCCUCCACGUGACUGUUCUUCAUACAGCCUCCAGUUGACUGUUCUUCAUCCAGCUUCCAGUUGACUGUUCUUCAUACAGCCUCCAGUUGACUGUUCUUCAUACAGCCUCCAGUUGACUGUUCUUCAUCCAGCCUCCAGUUGACUGUUCUUCAUACAGCCUCCAGUUGACUGUUCUUCAUAUAGCCUCCAGUUGACUGUUAUCCCAGUGGAUGUUGUUCAUACAGCCUCCAGUUGACUGUUGUUCAUACAGCCUCCAGUUGACUGUUCUUCAUACAGCCUCCAGUUGACUGUUCUUCAUACAGCCUCCAGUUGACUGUUCUUCAUACAGCCUCCAGUUGACUGUUCUUCAUACAGCCUCCAGUUGACUGUUCUUCAUACAGCCUCCAGUUGACUGUUCUUCAUACAGCCUCCAGUUGACUGUUCUUCAUACAGCCUCCAGUUGACUGUUCUUCAUACAGCCUCCAGUUGACUGUUCUUCAUACAGCCUCCAGUUGACUGUUCUUCAUACAGCCUCCAGUUGACUGUUCUUCAUACAGCCUCCAGUUGACUGUUCUUCAUACAGCCUCCAGUUGACUGUUCUUCAUACAGCCUCCAGUUGACUGUUCUUCAUACAGCCUCCAGUUGACUGUUCUUCAUACAGCCUCCAGUUGACUGUUAUUCAUACAGCCUCCAGUUGACUGUUCUUCAUACAGCCUCCAGUUGACUGUUCUUCAUACAGCCUCCAGUUGACUGUUCUUCAUACAGCCUCCAGUUGACUGUACACAAAAGAAAAUGUAUGCACGCAUGACUGUAAGUCGCUUUGGAUAAAAGCGUCUGCUAAAUGGCAUAUUAUUAUUAUUAUUAUUAAUAAGUCAUUUGGGACCCGUCUUUGCUUAAGUAUGCAGCAGCCCCUCAUUGCUGGCUCAAUGACGCACAUUUUUUAAUUAACUUUAGGAAAUAUUCUAAAAGCAGUUUUUGCGCUGCCACUCCAUAAGCGUGGGGAUAGUAGCGAUCUGGAUAAUGAUCUACCCUUUUCCAGGCUCCUUUGUCUUGCGAAAAUACACUGUAUAUACAGCAGUAUGUGGACACCCCUUCAAAUGAGUGGAUUCGCCUAUUUCAGCCACACCCGUUGCUGACAGGUUUAUAAAACUGAGCACACCGCCAUGCAAUCUCCAUAGACAAACAUUGACAGUAGAAUGGCCUUACUGAAGAGCUCAGUGACUUUCAACGUGGCACCGUCAUAGGAUGCCACCUUUCCAACAAGUCAGUUCGUCAAAUUUCUGCCCUGCUAGAGCUGCCUCGGUCAACUGUAAGUGCUGUUAUUGUGAAGUGGAAACGUCUAGGAGCAACAACGGCUCAACCGCAAAGUGGUAGGCCACACAAGCUCACAGAACGGGACUGCCGAGUGCUGAAGUGCCUGUCCUCGGUUCCAACACUCACUACCGAGUUCCAAACUUUAGCACAAGAACUGUUCGUCGGGAGCUUCGUGAAAUGGGUUUCCAUGGCCGAGCAGCCGCAUACAAGCCCAUACAAGAUCACCAUGCGCAAUGCCAAGCGUCGGCUGCAGUGGUGUAAAGCUCGCCGCUAUUGGAAUCUGGAACAGUGGAAAUGCGUUCUCUGGAGUGAUGAAUCACGCUUCACCAUCUCGCAGUCCGACGCACAAAUCUGGGUUUGGUGGAUGCUAGGAGAACGCUACUUGCUGGAAUGUAUAGUGCCAACUGUAAAGUUUGGUGGAGGAGGAAUAAUGGUCUGGGGCUGUUUUUCAUGGUUCUGGCUAGGCCCCUUAGUUCCAGUGAAGGGAAAUCCUAACGCUACAGCAUACAAUGACAUUCUAGACGAUUCUGUGCAUCCAACUUUGUGGCAACAGUUUGGGGAAGGCCCUGUUUUAGCAUGACAAUGCCCCUGUGCACAAAGCGAGGUCCAUACAGAAAUGGUUUGUCGAGAUCGGUGUGGAAGAACUUGACUUGCCUGCACAGAGCCCUGACCUCAACCCCAUCGAACACCUUUGGGAUGAAUUGGAACACCGACUGCAAGCCAGGCCUAAUCGCCCAACAUCAGUGCCCGACCUCACUAAUGCUCUUGUGGCUGAAUGAAAGCAAGUCCCUGCAGAAAUGUUCCAACAUCUAGUGGAAAGCCUUCCCAGAAGAGUGGAGGCUGUUAUAGCAGCAAAGGGGGGACCAACUCCAUAUUAAUGGCAAUGAUAUCAAGGCAGUAAAAAUAGUCAUUCAGAAAGAACGAAUCGUUCGCCAACUGCACUCCCCCCUGGAUGGCUCUUACCUCUCCUGUCCUGUCCUCCCCCUGGAUGGCUCUUACCUCUCCUGUCUUGUCCUCCCCCUGGAUGGCUCUUACCUCUUCUGUCCUGUCCUCCCCCUGGGUGGCUCUUACCUCUCCUGUCCUGUCCUCCCCCUGGAUGGCUCUUACCUCUCCUGUCCUCACCUCCCCCUGGAUAACUCUUACCUCUUCUCCAGUCCUCCCCCUGUUCUCCUAUCAAACCUGUCUUACUGGGGGUUUGAGCUGUUCCUACCUGAUGUGUGGUGUUUCUCUGAUCUCAGUCUCCCUGUUGUCUUCUGACUCAUUUGAUUUCAACUGAUUUCCCCUCUCUCUCUCAGGUUUCUCUCAGGUCCUGAACUGUCUCUGUCCUCUGUGUGAAUGGUGUUUCAGACCAGCCAGUUUUUCUAUUGACAUGAGUCAAUACCAAUGAAUAGUUCUGUGAUGACCUGGCUACAUGCAGCUUCUAACCCUUUGUCUGUCUCUGUGCUGUGUUCCAGAUGGGGCCCUGCAGCAGGGGGCCGGGGUGGGGGUCGGGGCACGGCAGAGGGACAAGGAGGAGGACAGGGAGACUGGGGACAUGGCCUUUCUGAAGGACCUCCUGAGCCCUGGACCAAUGGAAGCAGACGAGUUCAGUGGAGAGUGGCAAGGCACCUUGGGCUGCUUGGAGUCCUCUGACCCUGUCCCCCCCACCCCUACUGGAGAAGCCUGCCCCCCCUCUCAGCCCCCCAGUCCCACCGGCUUCCUGCCCUCCCAGCUGCUGGACCACAGUCUGAGUUCUACAGGUCAGUCAGUCAGCACCAUCUCCUGGUCUGACCUCUAGUGGCUAGGUGAUCUUACUGCAUGUCUGACCUCUAGUGGCUAGGUGAUCUUACUGCAUGUCUGACCUCUAGUGGCUAGAUGAUGUUACUGCAUGUCUGACCUCUAGUGGCUAGGUGAUCUUACUGCAUGUCUGACCUCUAGUGGCUAGAUGAUCUUACUGCAUGUCUGACCUCUAGUGGCAUCUAGGUGAUCUUACUGCAUGUCUGACCUCUAGUGGCUAGGUGAUCUUACUGCAUGUCUGACCUCUAGUGGCUAGGUGAUCUUACUGCAUGUCUGACCUCUAGUGGCUAGAUGAUCUUACUGCAUGUCUGACCUCUAGUGGCUAGGUGAUCUUACUGCAUGUCUGACCUCUAGUGGCUAGGUGAUCUUACUGCGUGUCUGACCUCUAGUGGCUAGGUGAUCUUACUGCAUGUCUGACCUCUAGUGGCUAGGUGAUCUUACUGCAUGUCUGACCUCUAGUGGCUAGGUGAUCUUACUGCAUGUCUGACCUCUAGUGGCUAGGUGAUCUUACUGCAUGUCUGACCUCUAGUGGCUAGGUGAUCUUACUGCAUGUCUGACCUCUAGUGGCUAGGUGAUCUUACUGCAUGUCUGUCCUCUAGUGGCAUCUAGAAAGGGACAGUUUGUCUGCCCUCUAGUGGCUAGGUGAGGGACAGUUUGUCUGCAGUUCCAGUAAAUUGUUAUCAGCAUGUUGUGUUCAGUCUGUCUCCUCUCCCUUCGCUCUAUCCUCCUCAUCCUCUGUCCUUCUGUCACUCAGGCUGGGCGACUCCUCCCAUGUUCCAGGCUCCGCCCCUACAGCCCCCAGCGUCUGGCCAGGCCCAAUCAGCUAAGUGUGGCCCAAAGACAACAGCCAAU